AUUUAUAUGUUAUAUUUGUGAAUAUAUUUAUAUUAUCAAUAUUUAAUUUUCUUAUACUUUUUGAAUCCUUUAAUGUACACAGGAGGACUUAAACGAGCUUUAGCUCGUUUUAAAAGAAUUACCGCAAAAUUAAUGCGCCGAUGAAUCAAUUAUCUUGCAACGUGUUCGACAUUCGUGCGAAGCGGCGUCCAAGCUAAAAGCUCAUGUCUAACGAGCCGAAAGAAUAGGGGAACUCAACGAUGGACCAUUUGUCCGGCAUAAUCUGUCUUUCCUCCUCACGCUAUCCUAUGGCGAUAAUCACCCUCUCUGUCUUUUUCGUCCCUUUAUAGUUUUCCCUCUAUGCGAAAAAUCCUUGAUGGAGCGACAUACAAUGUCCAGUAUCAUGUAGUAUCGUGCAGUAAUAAUAUGUCGAGUAUAUUGAGGAAUAGCAAGGGUCUCAGCCUGCCGGUGUUAGCUCGUAGAACCGACGGGAGCAUCCGGAAUUUAAAUUCCCACCGCGGAAUUCUCCCUCUAGCCUCGACGAGGGUGAUUGUAAGGGUGGUAGCGAUGAUGGCGACGGUGGCGACGGUGGCGACAGUCGUAGGUCGUUGUCGUCGUCAGAGGUUCAGGUGGCGGAGGUUUGACGUGGCGAAAGCUCAAACGGUGCGCGUGCACCGUGAAUUUUGCGCCAUAUAUCCCAACAGCGACGGCGAUGGCGACGGCGCGCUUUUGAUGUAAAAGUGAGUGAGUGAGACUCGAUAACUCCCGUCGGAUUUACCUUUUUUUUCCCCUUUUUCCUGCAGGUACACAGAGCGCGAACUCUCGCGCAAAACAGGUGAAAAGUCACGUUUGAUACCGCGCACAUCGUUUAUUUGUUUAUUACAGCGAGAAAUUCCUUUGCACGAAGAAAUAAUCGUAUCUCUUCAUAAAAUCAUAAUGCGUUGGCCUUGUUCUCUGAAAGUGGAAGAGGGAAGAUAGAUCUCCAAUUGAAGAAUGUGAAAUAUUUAUCAGUUGAAUUGAUAGACACUGCGGAAUAUUAUGUUACAAAAAUAAUUAACAAUUAAUAGUUACAUAACAUCUUAACUAUUUUGAGAUCACCUUCUUUUAUUGUAAAUAAACUGCUGUAAAUAAACUGCUUGUUCGAUUCUCAUAAAACUUGGUCUAUGAGAUUAUUUAAUAAUAUUUGAUUCGAAUCUGAAAUCCAAAACAAAAAA